CUGUGCUGUUGUCAUCGUUCUUCACAAAGUAUAUGGGAAGAGGAGGAAGGUGCAGACACAAAUCAUCAUGUAAGAAUGUUGGGUUUGGAUUAUGAACUCGAGGGAGCAUUUGUUUUAAUUUUCAAAGUUGAAAUCAAAAUGCUUAGCAGGUUUUGUAUGAUAGUCGCCAACACCAACCGAAGCCGAUAUAGACAGACGAUGACACCACGGAAUUUGGCGCACUCGCAGAGAUAACCGCAAGAGGACAAAAUCCACGGAAGGCAACCAAUCCAAUCGGCCAUCCUAAUUGUUUAGUCGGUGGGGACGAAGAGCUCGAAAUAUCCCAUCACAUCACAGAAGCAACCCCAGAUUUGGCGGGUAAAAACCCAGAUUCCCAAUUGGGUUACGGAUUGAGAAUACUUUUCACAUUUCAAGGUCAUGACUUCAACUGUUUGCGAACUCAGAAAAUUGGUCCACUUUUUCUUUUAGGGUAUUGUGAAGGUAGUUGGGCACUGGAGGAUCAAAUUGCAGAUGACGAAGUACCUGCAAAUUCUGGUCGCAGAAAUUUUUUUUGGUAACAGGUUCUGUGGACUUUGAGAAAUCUUGAAAGUGGGUUGAAUAUCGGAGCUAAUAUCAGCAUUUAUUUUGUUGAAUUGCAAAUUAGUUUGAGGUGAUUCAGCAAUAUCCGUUUUCUUGUGAAUGAAGAGAAAUUUGAGCAGGAAAGGAGAUGAAGUGCCAAAAUAGCAGAUUGGAGGUACAAUGAAUGGAGGUUCAUUUGGUUUGCGUACAGGAAGUAAUGGAUCGCUGCAACAGGUGCAGAAUGGCAUGUUACAGAGUCAGAGUUCAGUCAUCCAGCGAAAACCUUCUAAGACGUUGCUUUCUGGUUCAAGGGAGAAGGAAAGGUUUUUCACUUUUAUCUGCAGAUGCUUGGUUCGAAGAAAAGUUGGAAUGCUGAUUUUGGUUGUAUUUGCUCUCUUGGCUUUUGUAGUAGGGUUGCUUGCGGUGAAUAAAGAAGAUGCAUCUGAAAAUUAUAGUUCCUACCUAAUGCAAAGAAACACAAAUUCUUCCAUGGUGACCACUGUUGCAGUAUGUGGUGAAUACAACAGACGGCUCCCAGAUAUGCGCCAUUCUUCUGCUGCUUCUGUUAUUGCAAACUCUGUUUCUCUUAUGGGGCAUCCAUGCAACAAUUUUGCAUUUCCCCCUCCUCCUCCUCCUGGAGUUAGAAAACGGAUUGGACCACGCCCAUGCCCUGUAUGUUACCUUCCGGCGGAGCAGGCCAAAGCCAGAAUGCCAAGUUUCCCAUCUGUAUCACCUGUACUUCAUCAUUUAACUUAUUUUCAUGAGGAAAAUCCAAUCAAAAGGGAACCACAUGGAGGUUCUGAUUUUGGUGGUUUUCCUUCUUUAAAGCAGAGGAAUAAUUCUUUUAACAUAGAAGAGUCAAUGACUGUGCACUGCGGAUUUGUCAAAGGCUGUAGACCUGGUUAUCGGACUGGGUUUGAUGUUGAUGAAGCUGACCUUAGAGAGUUAGAGCUGUUCCACGAGGUCAUUGUUGCAUCGGCCAUAUUCGGAAACUAUGAUGUAAUACAGCAGCCUGAGAACAUUAGUGAAAUUGCAAGAAAAAAUGUUCGCUUCUAUAUGUUUAUUGAUGAGGAGACAGAAGCAUAUAUGAAGAACUCUAGCCGUUUGGACAGCAGCAAGCAGGUAGGAUUAUGGAGAAUCAUUGUUGUCCAUAAUGUCCCGUACAUGGAUCCAAGGCGCAAUGGAAAGAUCCCAAAGCUUCUAUUGCAUAGGCUCUUUCCCAAUGUCCGAUAUUCUAUAUGGAUUGAUGGGAAGCUUCAGCUUGUUGUGGAUCCAUAUCAAAUUCUGGAGAGGUUCUUAUGGCGCCAAAAUGCCUCUUUUGCUAUUUCAAGGCACUAUUCACGCUUCAAUGUAUUUGAAGAAGCUGAAGCUAAUAAAGCUGCAGGGAAGUAUGACAACGCGUCUAUAAAUUACCAGAUAGAGUUUUAUAAAAAGGAGGGCUUAACACCAUAUUCUGAUGCUAAGCUUCCUAUAACAAGUGAUGUUCCGGAGGGGUGUGUGAUUAUAAAGGAGCACAUACCUAUCACGAAUCUGUUCACUUGUCUAUGGUUCAAUGAAGUUGAUCGUUUUACUUCCAGGGAUCAGUUGAGCUUCUCCACAGUACGUGAUAGAAUACUAGCCAAAGUUGACUGGACUGUCAAUAUGUUUAUGGAUUGUGAAAGGAGAAAUUUCGUGAUACAGGCAUACCACAGAGACAUGUUGAAUCAAAUGCCUCCUCCAGUUAGUGUGACAAGUCAUAUUAAACCCGCUUUGGUUAGAAAUGGUACGACCGGGAGGAAGCCAAUGAAACCAGCUUUGGUUACAGCUGGUACGACUGAGACUGGGAGGAUGCCAACGAAGAGGAGUCCUGUUAGACGGGGAAGAGAUAGGCGAUCUGGUUCGAGGCGCCAUCGCAAAGUUGUCGUUGGCAAUAGAGACAACAUUUAAAAAUUUGAUUUUUUUUUUUCCUUUUUUCUUAUUUGCGCAAACAAACAGUCUUUUUUCUUCUUUGGUUCAGAUCAUUCAUUGUGCAGUGAGGAUAAUUUUGGAAGAUCUGCUGCAGUGUGGUUGAAAAGAGAGAAUGAUUCCCACCUUCUUGUUUUAGAAUCAUUGAUAUGUUCAUCAAUUUUUGUUUGUAAAUACCAAAGAACUCAAAAUAAAGGAAAAUUCUUCUUGCCA